ACGCAAUAGUUAAUGCCUGCUUACGAUGGAACGAGAAGUUUCUUAGUGGUUGAGGCCACUUUUUUUUUUAGUUUUUCUAUAUUUUUAUAAAAGUUUUAGCCAGAUUUAUCUGCAAUUGGCCAUAUUACGAAAUACAAUUCUAUAAUUAAAAUAAUGAGUUUCUUUAUGAUGCAGAAAUCCCAUAAAUUAAUUCUGUUUAUAUGGCUCGUAUCUGUUCUAACCUUAUCUAUCAGUGAUGAAAUUAAAACAGAUGGUGAUACGACUUUAACGUUAACGUUAAAUGCAAGCUUUACUGAUGGAGAUUCCAAAACUGAACAUCGAACUUUAUCUUCGCCAAUUCAAUUUACAUCUGAAUCUGUUAAUUCUGCUAAAACCCAAAACAAAAAUGUUGGCAUCCCUUUAGUUGCAGGGGAAGGUGGCCCAAUUUCAGUUAUUUCUACUACCGAACUAACAUUUUCUACUGAUUCACAUAAAUAUAUAACAAAUGCUACUGACAGUCUAGAUGUACGAGUUAAUGUAUCAACAGAAGAUGAUAAUGUUCCUUAUGUAAAAAGUAAAAAAACCACUUCUAAAAUUGUAUCAAGGAAAGGAGCAAAUUCUUCCAUUGAAACUAUAUCAUCCAAUGAUACGAAGACAAUAAUUAAAUCUUUAACAACAACAAAUGUUCAUAAUAUUGGAAAGAUUGAUACAAACAUGAAUGAAUUAAAAUCAAAUAUUACUGAGAAGCAUACAGAUACUGUUUCAAAUACUAUUGUAAAUAGUACUUCGCAGGUUACAAAUGUGAUACAGCAGAAACUACCAAGUGCAGCUGUAAUAAACAAUGCAUCGUCAGUCCGAGAACAUAAACAUAAACCAACUAGAACACAGGCAGAUUCUCAUAGUGAUAAGCAAGCAUUUAUAGAUCAUGCUAACUCAUACUACUCAGGUUCACGCUUAGGAAUGCCAAAGAAAAUUGAUUAUGUUUUACCAGUUAUUGUUACUCUUAUAGCUCUGCCAGUUUUGGGUGGUAUUAUUUUCAUGAUAUACAAACAAGGUAGAGAUUGUUGGGAUAAAAGACACUAUCGGAGAAUGGAUUUCCUUAUUGAUGGGAUGUAUAACGAUUAAUGUCAACAAA